AUGUUCGCCUCGGUGGGCCCUCGGGGCGGCCCGCGCCCACCCGUCGCCGCGGCCAUCCCGGAGCCGGACCUGAGCCAUCUGACGGAGGAGGAGAGGAAGAUCAUCAUGGCUGUGCUGGCUCGGCAACGGGAGGAGGAGGCGAAGGAGGAGGCCAUGUUAAAAGAAGAGAAGCCUAUCCAAGCAAGAACGGUAAACCUGGUCGGGCAGAAGAAACCUCCGCAGCAAAACGACGUCCGAGGCAUCCAGCAGCAGUUGUCCAGCUACAGGGAGACAGUGAUCCGGCAGGCCUCGGCGGCGGCGGGCUCGACGGUUCACCGGGACGACGCGCCAACCUGCGGCAUCUGCCACAAGACCAAGUUUGCAGAUGGCUGCGGGAACCUGUGCUCGUACUGCCAGACCAAGUUCUGCGCCCGCUGUGGGGGGCGAGUAUCCCUGCGAUCCAACACGCAGGACAAAGUGGUGAUCUGGGUGUGUAAUAACUGCCGGAAGCAGCAGGAGAUCCUCACCAAGCCGGGCGAGUGGUUCACCAGUCCGCCUGGAAAGCCCGCUGGCCUGGGAUCAGCCGUCAGUGAGCCGUCUGUGUGCCAAACGCCCGGGGAUAAGAAGCUCCGAUCUCGCUCCCAAGCGCCCCCGGGCUCCACCACCGCAAUCCAAGACCCCAACCGACCCAGUGCACCCGGGACCACAGCUGGCACCGAUGCGCGGUCACGUAGCGAACCACCACGAGACACGAGAAACGGGCGGGGAGGUGGAGGAGCUGGUCGGGGAGAGAGGCGGGCGGGCCAGCCCAGGCUGCAGACCCAGGUUUCAAUGGACCGGGACCUCCGGGGGGAGUCCAGGGAGCGCAGGGAAAGCCGGCGACUGACAAAGGGACGCUCUCUGGAGCAUGAUCCUGUGGGAGGAGGUGGCGGAGUAAGGCGGACAGAAGAGGGGGGCUACCGCCACAUGGACCACAACGGUGCUGCCCCUUGCCAACCAGGGCUGGUCCCUCCUGGAGGCCGAGGACACCCUGUGCCCAUGCAGGGUCGUGGCAUGGGCGUAGCAGGGGAGCUCGGGGAUGGCGUUCGGCCUGGUCAGAGGACGGUGGGUGGGGUUGGUGGGCCGCAUGAACACACCCUUGCUCAGCAGGUCCCUCCCCCUGAACUCAGAGAGCCUCCUGGUUCGGGACCUGGCUCAGCCCCCGGCCAGGGACCUGUAGUGAGGCGGACCAAACGGGAGAAGGCUGAGAGCAUGCUGCGCAACGAUUCGCUAAGCUCUGACCAAUCGGAAUCUCUGCGUCCGCCACCGCCAAGGCCCUACAAGUCGAAACGAGGGCUGGGGGCCGGAGGUAAGAGACAAACCAGCGUCAGCAGUUCGGAGGAGGAAGGAGGGACAACGCCUGAGUACAGCAGCUGUGAGGACGCUGAGAUCGAAAGUGUCAGCGAGAAAGGUGACUGGGAGUGCUACCCUCAUGACCCCACUGUGUGGCAUCAUCCGGUAACCUGGCAGCCAUCCAAGGAGGGAGACCAUCUGAUUGGACGAAUCACCCUCAGCAAGAGGAGCGCUGCAAUGCCUAAAGAAGCCGGGGCUCUGCUGGGGUUAAAGGUGGUGGGAGGAAGAGUGACAGAGUCAGGGAGAUUAGGUGCCUUCAUCACUAAAGUUAAGAAGGGUAGUCUGGCUGAUGUGGUGGGACAUCUCAGAGCAGGGGAUGAGGUUUUGCAAUGGAACGGGAAGCUGUUACCAGGGGCGACUAUGAAGGAAGUUUACAACAUCAUCCUAGAGUCUCAAGCCGAGCCUCAAGUGGAGCUGGUGGUAUCCAGGCCUAUUGGGGUGUGUAGAAAAUAUCAUGAUAUCCCAAGAAUCCCCGACACGUCCCACCCUCCAUUAGAAUCUACAGGUUCCAGUUCUUUUGAAUCACAGAAGAUGGAGAGACCGUCCUUAAAUGUCCUAUCUCCCUCCAGUCCCGGGAUGCUCCAAGACGCUCCACAGUUAAUGCCAGGGCAGCUCUCGGUGAAGCUAUGGUACGACAAAGUGGGUCAUCAGCUGAUAGUCAACGUGCUGCAGGCUGUAGGGCUUCCACUCCGGCCUGACGGGCGGCCCAGGAGCCCUUACGUCAAAAUGUACUUCCUCCCUGACCGCAGCGACAAGAGCAAACGAAGGACAAAAGCAGUGAAGAAGACGUGUGAGCCCAAGUGGAACCAGACGUUUGUCUACACUCAUGUCCAUCGCAGGGAUUUCCGCAACCACAUGCUGGAGCUGACUGUGUGGGACCAACCCAGGUCACCAGAGGAGGACAGCACCUUUAUGGGAGAGAUCCUGAUAGAGCUGGAAACGGCCUUACUGGACGACAAGCCUCACUGGUAUCCACUCCAAACCCAUGAUGUCUCAUCCAUACCGCUGCCCCGGCCCUCCCCGUACCUGCCCCGACGACACACAGAUACCCCUGGCAAGAAGCUGCAGCGUUCUCAGCGUGUAACAGAGCCUGAAUUUGAGGCUACAGCAGUAGUGUCUAAAGCAGCAGAUGGGCGUGGCAGGGAGAGGCAAAGGGAGCCCACGUCUACUCUGGAGGUGCCAGACCAGCAGAGGACGCCUGCCCAUCACAUACGAUCACGCUCAGUUUCCCCACACCGGGAAGAGCAGGGGCGCAUCCGGUCGCGGCCACCCAAUGUUCCCGCCCAGAGGAGUUUGGAUGAUGAGCUUCCUCACACUCGUCGUUCUCGCUCUCCGACCCGCUACUACGACCCUGCCAGAGGUCGCCACCAGGAGGAGGAGUACCUGGACGACAGGGGCCACCUCCAAGGUGGUGCGUCUCUUUCCUCCUCAGUGACGUCCUCCUCAGCCCGCAGAGUGAGGCAACUCCCACAGCUUCCCCCCAAGAGCAGCACUGUAGAACAAGCCCUGGUAGCAGAGGAGCGUGUCCGUCAGCUCCAGAUUAGGGUUCACUCCAACCGGGUGUCAGCUGCCACCACCUCCAGCCAACAGGACCUGGACAGAGCCCUCAAGAACAAACGGGAGCUCUACAAAGAUCAGAGGAGGAGCAGUGAAAAUGUUUCCCAUAAGUCCUCAGACAGUGAUGUCAGUGACGUGUCAGCCAUCUCUCGAACCAGCAGUGCCUCUCGCAUCAGUAGCACCAGCUACAUGUCCAUCCAGUCAGAGAGACCCCGGGGACGCUUCAGCCGGGCCAUGCGCGCAACGGGCCGCCACAUGAUGAAGAGUACCAGCGUGAGUGGUGAGAUCUACGGCAUGGAGCACGCCGAUGGCAGCCAAUCAGACACAGCGCUGGGGAGCCUGGGGAGCGGGAUCAAGAAGCGGCGCUCGAGCCUAAGCCAACGUGUUGUUGCCAUCCUACCAUCCAGACGCAGCCGGAGUACCUCGCAACUCAGCCAGACAGAAGCGGCGGGUAAGGCGGUGGACAGACAGAAAGAGACGCAAACGGGUAAGAAGGCGGGUAAGGGCGGCAGCAGCAGCAUCCAGAGGAGCGUGGAGACGGGCAUGGCGGUGGAGUAUCCACGGGGAGGCUCAGCCAUGAACCGGCAGGCCAGCAGAGAGUCCACUGAUGGCAGCAUGAACAGCUACAGCUCUGAGGGGAAUCUGAUCUUCUCAGGGAUGCGGUUGGGUGCCGACAGUCAGUUCAGUGACUUCCUGGAUGGUUUAGGUCCUGGUCAGCUGGUGGGCCGGCAAACAUUGGCAACACCUGCCAUGGGUGAUGUCCAGAUUGGUUUGAUGGAUAAGAAAGGCCAGCUGGAAGUGGAGGUGAUCAGGGCACGAGGCCUUACCCCCAAACCAGGCUCCAAAUCCCUCCCAGCUCCCUACGUCAAGGUGUACCUGCUGGAUAAUGGAACUUGUAAAGCCAAAAAGAAAACCAAGAUUGCACGAAAGACUCUGGAGCCUCUCUACCAGCAGCACCUGCUCUUUGAGGAGAGUCCCCAGGGCAAGGUGCUUCAGGUGAUAGUCUGGGGCGACUACGGACGAUUGGACCACAAAUGUUUCAUGGGUGUAGCACAGAUCCUAUUGGAGGACCUGGACCUGUCAAGCACGGUUAUUGGCUGGUACAAACUGUUUCCGCCAUCCUCAUUGGUGGACCCUACAUUAGCUCCACUCACGCGACUGGCAUCUCAGACGUCAUUGGACAGCUCAGGACCGCCGCCAGGCGUUCGGUCCUAGUGACCGGAUGGCGACCGCAAACCCUCCUCCUCCCCCAAAUAUCCCUUAAAUGACGAAAUAAUGGACCACAGCUCCUGGACCACAGCUGAGCAAAAGGGCGAGAACCCCGCCCCCGAGAACGACACCAAGAAGCCCUCGGUCAACCAAUGAAAAGCCAGAUGGAGAGACAGGGAAUGAGAGAGAGAAAGAGAGAGAGGGAGAGACAGAACUAGCCAAUCAAAGCUUAGCUGGAGUCUGACAAUCAUGUCUCACACCUUCCCUCUUCUUCCUCCUUACACCUUUUUGUUUUCAGAGCUUUGCUUUCUUUGUUUUCUCCUCCGACAGCAGCAGUAGAGCUUUCUGUCCAACAUUCUUCACUUCUCUCUACUGUUUCUUCCUUUUCUUUGUUCUUACUCUCUUGUGCAGCCCCUAUCAGAGCACUCGAUCCAAGUGGAGUCCUCCACCCAGUAGCGCCCCAGCCAAUCAGAGUAGAGCUUACUGUAAGGUCACAGGGAUGAGUAGUCUAAACAAUGUGUGGGAGUUAGUAGCAAACUGACGCAGAUGUACCGCCACAUAUAGGUUGGUUGUCGUCCCUACCAGUGUUACCAUGGUAACUUGUUGCAGAUGAGCGUGAGGAGCAGCGGUUUGGCACAGUUUGAUAACGUCUUAAGGUGAAGCGAGGCCGCACAAGCACGUGCACAUUCUUAGCCUUGUUGUGAGAUAUGAAAGCAAGCACAAGAAGAGCUUGACUCCUUUAUUGGGACAAACAGAAAACUUUGCUCUUUGUCUAAACAAAGAGGAAACAAAAUAGAGGCCAAAUUAACAAUUUGCU